AAUAUUACUCAGAUCGAGCUCGCCGCUAACCACCCUUUGCGUCUAGGCGUUGUUCUGAACUACUCUGACUUCUACAACGAGGUCCAGAACUCGCCCAAUCGUGCCUGCCACCAUGCCAAGUUGGCCGUUCAUGAUGAUCUUGCCGAACUCCACUCCCUGCCUGAAGAACCACUUGGCAACUGCACAUACAUUACGCAACUCCUCCUUGGGAAUCUGACUAUUUAG